UUUGCUUAGUUCGUCCGAGGUAUAGUCACUUCCGGUAUAAACGAAAGUUAAAGCUGGCAUAUUUAUUUUUUUAAUUAUCUUCUAAUAUGGCUGGAUCAGCAUUAAAGCGGCUUAUGGCUGAAUAUAAACAAUUAACAUUAAAUCCUCCAGAGGGUAUAAUAGCUGGACCUGCCAAUGAGGAAAACUUUUUUGAGUGGGAAGCUCUAAUUAUGGGUCCAGAGGGAACAUGUUUUGAAGGUGGUGUUUUUCCAGCCAGGCUUACAUUCCCCGCAGACUAUCCUCUAGGACCUCCAAAAAUGAAAUUUACCUGCGAACUAUUCCAUCCUAACAUAUAUCAAGAUGGUAGAGUCUGUAUAUCUAUUCUACACGCCCCUGGAGAUGACCCUAUGGGGUAUGAAACCAGCGCAGAACGUUGGAGUCCAGUCCAGAGUGUUGAGAAAAUUCUUCUUUCUGUUGUCUCUAUGCUAGCAGAACCUAAUGAUGAAAGUGCAGCCAAUGUUGACGCAGCGAAAAUGUGGCGCGAAGAAAGAGACAAAUUUGAAGACAUUGCGAAAAAACAUGUUCGAAAAAGCCUAGGCUUGUGACACCAGCGGAACAUCUUUUACAAAAUCAUCACUUAAUUGAUUAUACUUAUAUUGUGAACAUGUGAGGAGAAACAAUUGCAGAUUGGUUCAUGAAUUAGGAAGCCAUUGUAAUUGAAGUAAGAAAAGUGGAGACACUUUGGCUGCCUGAUAUCAGUCUGAGGUCUCUGUACACCCCCAGUGGACGGGAAAAUUGCUGAACUUACUGCUAGCUACUUUUAUGUCAAAUCACGUUAUGUUACAUAUAAAUGAUUUUACCAUCCUCCAUGCUAUUUCCCUAUCAAACAGAUAGGGCAAUCAAAUGCAUUAAUACACAAUAUAUGCACAGUAUAAAACAGGAAUGCUUACUUGUCAUGUAUCUGAUGUCAAUAAACCAAAUAUCAUCAAGAAAUUACUACUGUGCUCAAUGUUCUUUAUCAGCAUGUUAGAAUGAAAAAAAGAUAUUAAUUUUUCUUGCAUGAUAGUAUUAUAAUGCACAGUUUAUUGUUUAAAUGCUUUGCAAUUGAUCACUCAAGUCUAUCAGUCUUCAUGAUUAUAAUAUUACGCAUUUGAACUUGAACUGUGAAUUAUUUUACGACAAUGCACUCAAAAUUGGUAUCUAUUCGAAAAAUUUAAUUUGACAGAGUAUCGGCAUUAUUUCUUUGUUUAAAAAAAAAAGAUCAAAGAACAGAAGUGUGAAGGAAGAUGUAGUAAAUAAUAAACUGUUUAAAGGAAGACGUCAAAUAGACCAGAAGUAUUUUCAUUAAUUGCAUUGGUACAAAAGCAUUUUUAUAUUUUGACAGUUUACUUUUCAUAAUAGUUAUUUAUAUAUGUAUAUAAAGUGAAUUACAGUGGGAAAAAACAUGUUAACUGGAAUAUAUUUUUGUUUUAACUUACAUUUGUAAGCAUUACAAUUCAAAUUCUUUUUGCUAUUUUCUAAGAAAUCUGGUUGGUUUGUAACUCAUUUACUUAUUUAUUGUUCUAUAUUGUAUAGAUUACUUGUAUAUUUCACAGUUUAAUAUUAAAUGUAAUUUGGCUUUUUCAAUCUAUGCAUAGCUAUAAAUAAUCUAUGAAAGUGGUGAGGGGUUCAUGUAGCCUAUUUGUUAAGGUAUCCACCUAUUAACCCAGGGAAUGUGGAUUCAAGCUUUACUAUUGUCAGGACUUAGUUUCCCCAUGUGAUGCAAGUACUUAUUGGUUUGUGGAAGAUGACAUGUACAAACGUGUAUAAGUUAUAAGAACUUUUAUCACAGUAUUGCUAAAAUUCAGGGGGUAAAAGAUAAAACACUGGCAUGCUUUAUCAUUACAAAUUCAAGAUUUAGUUGGUAUUUUUAUGCUUAUGCUAGAUAAAAAGCAACAAUAUUUUUACUAUACAGAUUGUCUUUGUUUUCCUAUCUUUUUUAUGGGAACUUUUAUGGAUUGUAUGGAUGUCUGUAACAUAGGUUCAGGUAGAUGCUAAUUUUUAUGCUGCUGGUUUUUCGAGUCAAACCAGGUACAUAUAUAUAAUACGUACCUGGUCAAACAAAAGUCAAACAUAAAGUUACUUUACUAUAUUUAGAAAGCUUUGGUUGAUUUAACAUAUUUCAAACUUUGACAAAAGUCAAAUAAAAUUAUCCACUAUUUCUUACCUAUUUAUUUAUGGUUAAAACAAAUAUACAAGCCAGUAUAUAUAGCAUGUGCCACCAGUAUAUGAAACCAGGCCGAUCUGCACAUCUUUUAAGUGGCUAACUGCAAAAAUUUCAUGUUGAUAUCCCCAAAAUUGAUAAUGGACUGUUACAAAUAUGACAAAUAGACAAGUGCAUUUUAGAAAUUCUGCAGCUUCAGGGUUAAAUGAGUGUUAACAGUCUGAAACUACAAAUGUAAAUAUUUGUAUUUGCUAACAAGGAAGAUUCUAAACCUGGUGUAGAAGUGACAGUAAAUUAUUUGUGCAAUAUAAAGAAGUGCUGUCAGUCAUAUUAAAAUUUUUUUGCAUAACUGUAUGAAGGCACAGUAUAUAUUCUGUACACUAUACAUAGUGAAUAUCUGACGAUGGUUUGAAGGAUACUCUGGACUAUCCUAUUAAACUGUGCAUGCAUUACACUUAGAUAUGAGUAAGUUUUGCAUGCAUAUCUCAUUACAUUGUACAUGUAAAUAUUCCUAACUAUUCUCAGACAAAAGCUAUAUGUGAAAUUUUGAGACAAUGUUUUUGUGGUAAUUUUUAUGUGUGGAUGCUUAGACAUGUCCAACAUACCGGGUAAUUAGCCAAUAAUCUAUAUUAUUACAAUGUACAUGUAAGUGUUGCUCGUACAUGUACCAUUUUUAUCGUAAUUUUGCUGAUUUCAGAAUUAUUGUUAUACAUGUAUAGUACCUUGAAAUCAUGAAUUGUCAAUUUAAUUUGUAUAAUUGUAUUGUUUUGUGAAAGUGUUAAAGAUUUAAUUUGUUUAUAAUAAAAUAUACAAUAUUGCUAAUUCCUAUUGUAA